AUGUCGACAGGUGAAAUCGAAUACAGGAGCGCCCUGCAGCAGAGCGAAUAUAUCCCGUCCUCACAAGCUCUACCGGAUUGUGUGGGUGGACAUUUCAUCAGACAGGAUGGUAUACCAGUUGGGCAUGGAGGAGUGCAUUCCUCCGAAUAUCCGUGGACGUACCUUCCGAUGCCGAAGUUUGGAGCUUCUGAUGGCUGUGUCGGCGCUAACCCUCUACACAACGGUAUGUAUAAGGGGGAUAUGGUAGAUGAUCAUACCACGCUUCCAUCGCUAGGCUCUGACUUCGCCAAUCGAGCAUCUUCCGAAGUGGAAUCUUUACCCAGCUGGGAGAACUCUCCUAGAUCGACCAUGGCACAGUUGACCGUGGACACUGCUGUUCCUACCACACAACCGCCAUCCGGGUUUGUCUCGGCAUCGAUGGGGUAUAAUGACAUAUCUGCAUACUCAGAUAUGCCCUCAUCUUCUUCAGCAUUCACUCCUUGCAGCUCACUAUACUAUUCAAAUACGCCACUCUCACCUUCAGCAUCACCUCGAAGACAACAGCAGUACUCUGGCUGUCUUGAGGUUGAACUAGGUACCAUGGCUGCAACAUCACCCGGAGCUCCUCAUGCGCGGCAAUUAAACACUUACAGUUACGACGCUUGCGGAAGUGGAUGGGUAAAGACUUCUUCUACGAAUUCAAACUUCGUUCACCAGCCGCACGGUAACGCCGCAUUCGCUGAAUCUUCUCCUUCGGUGCAGAAGUCAGACCACUACCCGGUCCUCUCGGCGGUAGACACGACUGAGGAGAAGGCAGAGCCAAAGGAAGUAAAGGAUACCUUGCCUCCUCCAUUGCCUAAACCUCGGGCUAGGGCCAAAGAGCCCAAGUCAGGCAUGGCCACCCCGAAGCGCAAAACAAAGCAAGGUGCAGCCCGGAAAGCCUCCGGGAAUAAAUGUUGUCGAGGGCAUCAUGAUAUAGAUCACUAUUCGGACCUGGCCAAUCCUCCUGACCUGCUGGAGCCGUUAAAGGAUAACCCAUCACAACCACCGCCGGAAGACAUGUUCCCGUCUGACCCAAUGAUGAUUCCCCGGGAGCAGGAGCCUCGCUUCGAAGGCGACAUGUACACCCCUACCUGGAUACGUGGACAUGGAAACAAGCGUGAAGGCUGGUGCGGCAUUUGCAAGCCUGGACGCUGGCUGGUGCUGAAGAACUCGGGGUAUUGGUACGACAAGAGCUUCACGCACGGCAUCAGCGCCACCACCGGACAAGCCUUCAGUCCCCCGAAGCACACUCGACGAAGCCAGGGCAAUGCAAACAUAUGGGAGGGUCUCUGUGAAAACUGUGACUCGUGGGUUGGGCUGGUCAGUAGCAAGAAGAGAGGAACGACCUGGUUCCGCCAUGCGUAUAAGUGUUAUAAUGGCUGCAGCACCAGCAACAGCAAGGCUGAAGGCACACUAAAGAGACGACGGGCAAACAGUGAGAGCGAUGACAGCCGUCCUUCGACUCGACCUAAAUAG